AUGGAUUACACACUUGAACCCAACUUGACAAUGUCUGACUACUAUUAUCCCGAUGCCAAUUCAAGCCCCUGCAGUGGAGAGCUGAUCCAGACAGACAGUAAGUUGCUUCUUGCUGUCAUUUACUGCCUUCUGUUUAUACUUGGUCUCCUGGGAAACAGCCUCGUCAUCCUGGUCCUCAUCUCCUGCAAGAGGCUGAGGAGCAUCACAGACAUAUACCUCUUGAACCUGGCCCUGUCAGACCUGCUUUUUGUGUUCUCCUUCCCUUUUCUGACCCACUAUCAGCUGAACCAGUGGGUGUUUGGGACCAUAAUGUGCAAGAUGGUCUCUGGCUUUUACUAUAUUGGUUUCUUCAGCAGCAUGUUCUUUAUCACCCUCAUGAGCGUUGACAGGUACCUGGCAAUUGUCCACGCUGUGUAUGCUGUGAGAGUGAGGACAGCUAGAAGGGGCAUGGCUCUGAGCCUGGCCGUGUGGCUGGCGGCCAUCGUGGUGACCAGCCCAUUACUGGUGUUUUACCAAGUGGACUCUGAAGAUGGCGUGCUACAGUGUUACUCAUAUUACGAUCAACAGGCUUCAAAGUGGAAGAUCUUCAUCCACUUUGAAAUCAAUAUCAUAGGCCUGCUGCUGCCAUUUACUGUCCUCAUAUUCUGCUACACCAGUAUCCUACACCAGCUGAAGAACUGCCAGAACCAUAACAAGACCAAGGCCAUCAGGUUGGUGCUCCUGGUGGUCGCUGCAUCUUUAAUCUUCUGGGUCCCAUUCAAUGUUGUCCUCUUCCUCACUUCCCUGCACAACAUGCACAUCUUGGAUGGGUGUGCCAUGAGCCAGCAGCUGACCUAUGCCACUCAUGUCACAGAAACCAUUUCCUUCACACAUUGCUGUGUGAACCCGAUUAUCUAUGCGUUCAUGGGCGAGAAGUUCAAGAAACAUCUCUCAGACAUAUUUCGGAAGAGCUUUCUCUACACAUGGGGACAAGUCCCCAGGGAGAGCAAGGAUAGCUUGCCCACCUAUCAACACACCUCCCGCUCCUCCACCAUGGACUACAUUUUGUGA